AUGGUUGAGGCUCGGAAUGGUUUUGUCGUUAUGAAAGAUAUCUGUGCUGAUGCUGUAGGGCAGUGUGUAGAUUUCAUGUAUACUGGUGAAGCAAAUCCAUCCAUGGAAUCUGUUGAGAAUACUCUGUAUGCUUCCCACUUAAUGCAGCUUGAUGUAUUAUCAAGUAUAUGCUUCAAUUUCAUGGAAAAUAAUCUGUCAGUGCAGCAUUGCCUUCCAGUGGUCAGGUUGGCAAGACUUUAUGAUUGCACAGAGUUACAAAUCAAUGCUGAACUAUUCAUUGUGGAUAAUUUUGAGUCUCUGAUUUUGGGUGAAGAUUUUCUACAUCUGAGCAAAGAAGAACUCGUAUUUUAUCUACAAAAGUUGGAUAAAAAGCAUGAAGUAGUUUGGCAUGCUGUGAGAAGAUGGAUUUCUAAUAAAGGUGAAGACAUUGGAUCAGAACUAAUGGAGACUCUGCAUUUUGAAGAUUUUCCUUAUAAAUUUUUACUCACUGAUCUGCUAAAUGAUUCUUUGGUCGAAAGUUCUUCAGAUGCGAAAAGUUUUGUCAUUAAAAAAUUACUUUCGAAUAUCGAUGGGUUGAAAGAGAAUUUGUCUCUCGACACUUCAUUCAUUUUGAGGAAGAUAAAUCGGAUCGAAAACAAAGAAACAAAAUAUUCUUCAGAGAAAAUUAAAUGGGAAGCUGCACUAAAAUGGGCCAAACAAAGUCGUCGUCAUCAGAAAUUUUUCCCUGAUUUGUUCGAGUUGAUAAAACUUCAGGAUUUUUCUUAUGAGUUUAUUCGACAAACAGUCAGAAAUGAUCCUUUAAUUAAAGAGUCGCAUAAGUGUAAAGAUUUAUUGCUUGAUGUUCUCCAUGCCAAAGCUCAAGGGAAAAAACUUGCCCCACAUAUUGCCGUCUCAGCAAAGACUGGUAUAAAGGCUCUGAAUCUCCAAACAAAUCAAUGGUCUAGUUUGCAUUCAGAUUAUGAUGUUGGCAUUCAUCUUGUCAAUGCUGAGGGACGAUUGUAUGCUUCAGAUGGGAAUGAAUUAUCUUCGCUGCAGGAUGGGCAAUGGAUUAGGAAGACCAAGGUUGAAAGAAAAAGUGAUGAGUACGAUAAGAUUGUUUAUCUCAAGGGUGGAAUUUAUAUAAUCAGCCUUGAUCAGAAUACAAUGCGAUAUGACAUUGCCAAAGACAGAUGGGAUAAGAAUUUGUCUUCAUGUGAUCUUGGUGAGGCUUUUUGUGCUGCAGCCUCUGAUGAGUUCAUAUAUGCACUAGGAGGUACAAAAGCAAAAGUAUACAAUCCUGAAAUUGAGAAAUGGUCUCCACUGUCACAAAUGUUUUUUGCAGCAGGUGGUGCAGCAGUCGUUUUUCAAAGUAUGGUUUAUGUACUGGGAGGAGAUGAUGGAGGGUAUCCUCACUGUUAUGUUCAACGUUAUAACCCUACUGAUCGCUCAUUGACAGAAAUUGGAAUAAUGGCGAGGUAUAGACAAUGUUUCAGUGCAUGUGUUGUUGAUAAUAAAAUGUAUGCAGUCGGUGGGGAUUAUCAUGGAGACCCGAUGAAGGAUUCUAUUGAAACAUUCAAUGAAGAAACUGGUGAAUGGAAAAUAGUCUGUGAAAUGGAUCGGCCUGAGGUGGACUGGGUUUAUUGCUGUAGCUUUGUUAAGUAA